AUCGGUUGGCUUAAUAAUAAGAAGUGACAUUUCGGUUGGGUAGAGAAGGGCAUUACUUCAUCUGGGUUGUCCCUUCCUCCUUUGCCGCAGACAUCUCUGUACAAAGUUUGAUAAUCAAUGAAUGCUGAUUGCUGUAGUUUGCUGCUGGGAGUGGGGAAAGAGAGAGAGAGCGCGCACGCCAAACGGCCCCCGCCUCAAGCUCAGCGGCUCGAGCUGAGCCCGGCUGCGGUUACCAGGCGACCUGCGUCAGUCAGCACGAGAGCGGCGUCAGUGUCAGCUCGAGCCCGAGCCUGGACCAAGGCCCCGCCCCAACUCCCAGCCCAGCGGCCGGCUCCCCUCCGCCAACCACACGCCCCCCCCCCCCCCCCCAUCAGGGAGUUUUACUGCGAGUUUCACAGGUCACACCGAGAUAGCGGGAGACCGGCGGGUCCGAGUGAGGGGUAAACCGCUUACCGGGGACAGGGAGAGUGUGUGUGAGAGAGAGAGAGGGCUAGGCGGUUAGUGGGGAUACUGGGAGACGGGCAGAGUGAGCAGCUAAGUCGGUUACCGGGCGAGUGAGACACCGAGAGAUGACGGAGCCCAGGAGGAGAAAAGCAGAGAAGGAGCCGGAGAACCUGAGCGAUAAGGACGUUGAUGUUGAUGAUAAAGCAGGGCUGGAAGUUGAUGGUGAACCUGAUUUGAAACCUGAUUCAGAUAUUCCUGAUGUUCCACCCUCAAAUGACAGCACUCCUGAAGUAUUCAAUAAGGCCCUAUCAGGAUUAUCUUCAAGAUGGAAGAACUGGUGGAUUCGUGGGAUCUUGUCACUCGCCAUGAUUUCAUUUUUUUUUCUAAUCAUCUACCUAGGACCCAUAGUACUCAUGCUUGUGGUUCUCUAUGUUCAAAUCAAGUGUUUUCAUGAGAUCAUCACAAUUGGUUACAGAGUUUAUCAUUCUUAUGAACUGCCUUGGUUCAGAACAUUGAGCUGGUACAUUCUUCUCUGUGUAAACUAUUUCUUUUAUGGAGAAACAGUUGCUGAUUAUUUUGGUGGUCUGGUGCGAAGGGAAGUGCCACUUCAAUUCUUGGUCCGCUAUCACCGCUUCAUCUCAUUUGCAAUGUACCUAGCAGGUUUCUGCAUGUUUGUUCUGAGUUUGGUGAAGAAGCAUUAUCGACUGCAGUUUUAUAUGUUUGGCUGGACUCACGUAACAUUGCUGAUUAUUGUUACUCAGUCUCAUCUGGUAAUCCAAAAUUUAUUUGAAGGCAUGAUCUGGUUUAUUGUUCCAAUCUCAAUUGUAAUUUGCAAUGAUAUAAUGGCGUAUCUAUUUGGCUUCUUCUUUGGGAGGACUCCAUUAAUUAAGUUGUCUCCAAAGAAGACUUGGGAAGGUUUCAUUGGUGGUUUCUUUGCAACUGUUGUGUUUGGAUUUCUGUUUUCCUACGCAUUGUCAAGAUACAAUUACUUUGUAUGUCCAGUGGAAUACAGCAGUGAAACUAACAGCUUUAUAGUUGACUGUGAUCCUUCAGUCUUGUUCCAUCUGCAGGAAUACACACUCCCAUCUGUACUUCAGUCUAUUCUUGGAUGGAUACAUAGCAUCGCUCUUUCUACGUUUGCAUCUUUGAUUGGGCCUUUUGGAGGUUUCUUCGCCAGUGGAUUCAAACGAGCUUUCAAAAUCAAAGAUUUUGCUGACACUAUUCCAGGACAUGGUGGGAUUAUGGAUCGUUUUGAUUGUCAGUAUCUGAUGGCUACUUUUGUCCAUGUUUACAUUACCAGCUUUAUCAGAAAAACAUCUGUAGAAGGUCCGAACUCGUUAUCGAAAUAUACAGAAGGCAACAGUUUACCCACGAGGAAACCAGACUUCCUGUAA